AUGCCAUGCGUAUGGCGUGCCGGUGCUCGCAGAGCCGCUCAACGUCAUGUUCAGGUGUCACAGAGGCUUGCUUCGGCACCAACGAUCGCUCGUUUCAUCUCAUCACAACCACGCCCUCCAUUGCUCAAGCUCGAGGAUGCCCUGCUCAAAUCACUCGCUCCAACGUCAAUAGACUCCUCCUCAGCAGGCUCGCCGUCUUCUCUGCACUGGAAGGUCAACGACUUUGGCGCUGACGAAUGCUGGGCCAUCGUUGCCCCCGCUUCCGAGCAAGGCGGUGCAGUGCGUCGGGAGCUCAUCGACAUUCUCUCUGGUCGGCUUUGUCCACGCACAUCCACAUUCAACGCACAACAUCCACCGGUGCAUCCCUUUCUCCUCGACCCGACACAGCCAAAUGUCCCACCUCGGUCUUCCAGCCAGGCGAUCAAGCAUGUGUCCUUUGCGACCAAGAUGGGCUCCACAUCCUCAUCAGGCGACUUCACUAACUACAUCGCUCGCUACGGCGCAAUUCGAGAACAAGACCGAGUCACGCUGUACGAGCGGCUGAUGGACCUGCUCGACUGUCCGGUCGGCUUGGUGGCUGCCACCAAGCUCGUCCCCGACCCAUUCGCCCCCGCAGACGCAGCGAACCAGGUGGGCCGAUUUAAAUACAAAUCCGAUACCGAGCGACAGGCAGCCCUCUCGAAAGCGCAACACGCCCAUGAGGUCAUUAAACAGAUGGCGCCGCUGCUCCUUAUCAAUGACGAGCUGCUGCAUAGACCGGUGAUCGCGCUCUCGAAUGGGCAGACGAGACGCGCAAGGAUCCUGAGCAGCUUGAUCACGGGUGCAGAGCUUGUUGUGCUCGAGGAGCCGUUUUCGGGCAUCGAUGUUGCGACGAGGAAGAGGCUGGGCGAUCUGUUUGCGCAGUUGCAUGCAGGGAGGAGACCGAGGUUGGUACUGGUGCUGCGCGAGCAGGAUUCGAUUCCGGAUCUCGUGACGCAUGUGUUGAAGGUCGACGAUCGGGGAAUCAUCACCUCUCUCGGUCCACGAGCACACGGCAGCACAAACAACGUUUCUAGCACAAGCAAAGAGCCCAAGGAAGGUGGCCACGCAGUGGUCCUCUCCAAUUCGAGCAACGGCAUUGGGAGGGGCGACACCUCCUCGCCACCCUACAUCGCGCUGCACUCGGUCUCGAUCCAGUACGGCGACAAAGUCGUACUCGACAGCAUCAACCUCUCGCUGCACCCGGGUAUGCGCCUCGUGCUCGCCGGCGACAACGGCUCGGGCAAAACUACCCUACUCGCCCUCCUGCUCGGCGACCACCCGAAAUCCUUCUCCUUCCCCGGAUCCUCGCUCUCGCUCUUCUCACAUGCACGCGACCACCCUUCGAACGCACGCGCACUCCUCAACCGGCGCAUGGGCCAUCUAUCACCCGAGCUGUUCAAUGCCUUCCCACGCAAACCCCCAACCGCCGGCGGGCUGACGGUGGGCGAAGUGGUCGCGUCCGGCUUUGAGAACGUGUUCGCUCGACGUUCCUACACCGACGCACAGAAACAACGCGUGUGGUCGCUCCUCGCGCUCUUUGCUGAUCUGAUCAAGACGCCUCAGAAUACUUUGCUUCGGGACGACAUUCACACGCUUUCCGACCGCGCGUUUGCGCAGCUGAGCCACGGCAGCCAGGCGGUGGUGCUGUUCCUGCGCGCCGUGGUGGGCAACCCGCAGGUGCUGGUACUCGACGAGCCGUUUCAGGGUAUGGAUCGGAGACAGGUCGAGAGGACGAGAGCGUUUUUGGAUCGGCCGGAGCAGUUUGCUGUUGGGAACAGCGAUGCGGAGAGGGAGGCGGAUGUGGAACAGAGGAGGAGGAUGGCGGUCGUGCUGGUCAGUCAUUACGAGUCCGAGUGGCCGACGAGUUUCGGGGAGCUGUUGCGGCUGAGUGAUGGAAAGGUAGUUGAGCGCAUCUGA